AUGGUGACUUUGAAGGGCACCCUGCCCUCCCUCUUGCUGGGAACCCUGCUCACAUUCACCUCCGGGGCCCUGGGGGCCAAUCCUGGCCUUGUCGUCAGGAUCACUGACCAGGGCUUGGAGUACGUGGCCCAAGAGGAGCUGUUGGCUCUGCAGAAAAAGCUGCACAAAGUCACACUGCCGAACUUCGACGGGGACGUCAGGAUCAAACAUUUCGGCAGCGUGGACUAUGGAUUCCACAGCCUGAACAUUCAGAGCUGUAAGCUGCUUGGCUCGGCUCUGAAGCUCCUCCCCAACCAGGGCCUGCUUUUCUCUGUCUCCGACUCCUUCAUCCAGGUCACGGGCGACUGGAAGGUGCGCAAGAGGAUUCUGAGACUAAAUGGCUCCUUUGACGUGAAGGUCAAGGGCAUCACCAUUUCAGUCAACCUUCUCUUGGACAGUGAGCCCUCUGGGAGACCCAAAGUGGCUGUCUCCAGCUGCAGUAGCCACAUCCAUGAUGUGGAGGUGGACAUAUCAGGAGAUUUGGGGUGGCUGCUGAAUCUCUUCCAUAACCAGAUCGAGUCCAGGUUCCGAAAGGCCUUGAAAAGCAAGAUUUGCGAAAUUAUUCAGGACUCGGUGACCUCUGAGCUACAGCCUUAUCUUCAAACUCUGCCAGUCACAACAAAGAUAGAUCAUCUCGCUGGCCUUGAUUACAGCUUAAUGGGGGCCCCUCAAGCAACAGACCAAACGCUGGACGUGAUGUUCAAGGGUGAAAUUUUUAGCCGAGAUGACCGCUCCCCAGUUGCUUUCCUUGCUCCUGUCAUGAACCUUCCUGAGGAACACAGCCGAAUGGUCUACUUUGCCAUCUCGAAUUAUGCCUUCAACACCGCCAGCCUAGUUUAUCAUAAAGCGGGAUUCCUGAACUUUACUAUCACGGAUGACAUGAUUCCGCCUGAUUCUAACAUUCGACUGAACACCAAGUCCUUCCGCGCCUUCGUUCCCAGGAUAGCCAGACUGUACCCCAACACGAACUUGGAGCUCCAGGGAGCAGUGAUCUCUGCCCCAUGCCUGAACUUCAGCCCUGGAAAUAUGUCCACAGCUGCCCAGAUGGAGAUCGAGGCCUUUGUGCUCCUACCCAACUCCGUCAAGGAACCUGUCUUCCGGCUCGGUGUGGCCACAAAUGUGUCUGCCAUGUUGACCUUCAACACCAGCAAGAUCACUGGAUUCUUGGAGCCAGAAAAGAUACAAGUGGAACUGAAAGAAUCUAAAGUUGGACUAUUCAGUGUGGAGCUGUUGGAGGCACUGCUCAAUUAUUACCUUCUCAACAACUUUUACCCCAAGGUCAAUGAUAAGUUGGCAGAAGGCUUCCCUCUCCCUCUGCUAAAGAAAAUUCAGCUCUACGACCCCAUUCUCCAGAUCCACAAGGACUUCCUGUUUUUGGGAACCAACGUUCGGUACCUGAGAGUUUGA